AGGGCGUCUGGGUGGCUCAGUUGGUUAAGCGUCCAACUCUUGAUUUCGGCUCAGGCCAUGAUCUCACGCUUCGUGAGUUUGAGCCCUGAGUUGGGCUCCACACUGACAGCUCAGAGCCUGCUAGGGAUUCUCUGUCUCUUCUCUGUCUGCACCCCCCCCCCUCAAAAAAACAAACAUUUAAAAAAAGUUGGGGGAAGACAUCCUGGAGGGGGGAGGAAUUUGUAUAUAUGCGUACAAGCACGGCAGUUUCUAUGAAUUUAGAACACUACAAAACUACAUUCAAGUCUAGGAUUUAAAAUCACAACCCAUUUCAUGCCUGAACUGAGAAAGGGGGCCGCCGAGAUGCCUUCUCAGAGCCAGAAGACAAAUACGUGUGCAGGGGGCCGCACGCUGGCGUGUCUGGCGCAGCCUGGCCGGGUAGGACGCGGACGCUGCGGUUGGCGCCGGGGAGCUGUGGUCUGUGACUCCCUGAGGAGGGCAGGUGAGGCCCAGAUGCUCCCAGAAAGGCAGGAAGGACCAGAGGGACCGCCUCCAUGGAACAAGGCAGCUGAAAAUCUGGAUUUUUUUAUGUGAACCCGGUGAACUUUGACAAAGUUGGCAACUCAUUAAGUUUGGAAACCCUGGGAGAAUCCAGCUAAUGGCGCCCGAGGGCCACCACGUGUGACCUCAAUUGUGUUCUUAGUGGUGUUUUUAUCAAAGGAAAACAUUUGUGAUCUUGCAGAAGACUCGGGAAGCCAGGUCUGAAUCUGAUGUCCUGAUGUCCUCAUGAGACACUAACAGUUUUGUGUCGUUUUUAUAUAUUUAUGCUCAAGAAUGCUAUUUAAAAAAACGUUUCCUCAUAUCUUACCUCACAAUUAAUUGGGGUCUGAUUGACACUUCAGGAACCCAGGCCCUGGGAGUAGACCCGGGCUUCCGUGUCAAGUCCACCCGGUGCUAGGGGCUCCGAAGGUCACGCUCACCUGCUGGGGAGGUGCGGUUCCUGUGCUGGGGGCUCGAUGACACCCUAGUGCCUGCUCGGUGUCUACCUCCCCGCGUCAAGGACUUGAGCCACAUUCUGUGGAGUGACUUCCGGGCGUGUUGUUUUGGAAACUUGAUACAGUUGCCACUGGAGAGGCAAGAAUUCAGUUUUGUGCGUUUAUGCUGCUUAGUCCUCUGCAAAGUUUCGGAAUUUGGGGGAGGACACGGGGUUUGGGGGAGGACGCCGAGGUGUAGAUCGGAUUCCUGCCUUUCUGCAGUUUCGGUUGAAGUGUGACUUUUGUGACCCCGUGGAGCUCUCCCAAUGAAAAUAGAGGUCCUCGCUUGGGCUUGGGACCCUGGCGAAGGACCGUGUCGGUCCCGGCGUCUUCUCCUGCUGAGCCAUGGCAACCCCGGAUGUGAGCGUCCACAUGGAGGAGGUGGUGGUGGUGACGACGCCGGACACGGCGGUGGAUGGCAGCGGCGUGGAGGAGGUGAAGACUGUGCUGGUGACGACCAACCUGGCUCCUCACGGGGGCGACCUGGCGGAAGACAGUAUGGAGACGGAAAAUGCAGCGGCGGCUGCCGCGGCCGCGUUCACAGCAUCCUCGCAGCUCAAGGAGGCCGUGUUAGAAGUGAAGGUGGCUGAAGAGGAGGAGGGCCUGGAGGCUGAAAUCGUGUACCCCAUUACCUGCGGGGACAGCAGGGCCAACCUGAUCUGGAGGAAGUUUGUGUGUCCGGGCAUCAAUGUGAAGUGUGUUCAGUAUGACGAGCACGUGAUCAGCCCAAAGGAGUUUGUGCACCUGGCUGGCAAGUCCACACUGAAGGACUGGAAGAGGGCCAUCCGGAUGAACGGCAUCAUGCUCAGGAAGAUCAUGGACUCUGGGGAGCUGGACUUCUAUCAGCACGACAAGGUCUGCUCCAACACCUGCCGCAGCACCAAGAUCGACCUCUCGGGCGCCCGCGUGUCACUGAGCAGCCCCACCUCCGCCGAGUACAUUCCACUCACACCUGCCACGGCCGAUGUGAACGGGUCUCCUGCUACCAUCACCAUAGAGACCUGUGAGGACCCCGGUGACUGGACCACGGCCAUCGCAGAUGAUACAUUUUCCUUCUGGCGAGGGCUCAAGGAUGCUGGUCUGCUGGACGAGGUCAUCCAUGAGUUCCACCAGGAGCUGAUGGAGACCAUGAAGGGCCUGCAGCAGCGGGUCCAGGACCCUCCCCUGCAGCUCCGAGAUGCCGUCCUCCUCAACAACAUCGUGCAGAACUUCGGCAUGCUGGACCUGGUGAAGAAGGUGCUGGCCAGCCACAAGUGCCAGAUGGACCGCUCCCGGGAGCAGUACGCCCGGGACCUGGCAGCCCUGGAACAGCAGUGUGAUGAGCACCGACGUCGAGCCAAGGAACUCAAGCACAAAUCUCAGCACCUCAGCAACGUGCUUAUGACACUCACGCCCGUCUCCCUGCCGCCCCCCGCGAAGCGGCCGCGGCUCGCGAGGGCCACGUCCGGGCCGGCCGCUAUCGCCUCGCAGGUGCUCACCCAGUCUGCCCAGAUCGCCCUCAGCCCCGGCGUGCCAGUCUCCCAGCUGACCGGCGUGCCGCUCGGCAAAGUAGUGUCUGCCCUGCCCUCUCCUGCGCUGGGCAAGGGGCCCACGCAGGCUGCUCCCGCCGGCUCGCCAGCCUCGCCGCUGCUCGGGGGCUACACGGUGCUGGCCUCGUCGGGUGCCACCUUCCCCAGCACGGUGGAGAUCCACCCGGACGCGUCCAGCCUCACGGUCCUGAGCACGGCCGCCAUGCAGGACGGCAGCACUGUGGUCAAGGUGGUGAGCCCCCUACAGCUGCUCACCCUGCCCGGCCUGGGCCCCACCCUGCAGAACGUGGCUCAGGUGUCGCCCGGGGGCAGCACCAUCGUGACAGUGCCCACAGGGGCCGUCGAGAGCGCCGUGGCCGCCUCGGGCCCCGAGGAGCACACUGCCACCAUCGAGGUGGCCGCCAUGGCGGAAGGCCGUGAGCACAAGUAGACGUGGGUGGAGGACGAGGCCCGCCGUGGGCACAGGGCCGGCCGCCUCUCCUCAGGCUGCGGCCGGGCGGGAGCACAGUGCCGGCGCCCUGCGGGCCACGUUGGGCUGAACCAAAGAGAGGAAACACCAAAACAGACGGCGAGCAAAAGGGAUCGAACACAACAGACCUGUGCGGUCAGCCCUCCACUCGGAGCCUCCUCCCCCUUCUUUCUUGGGAAAUACAUUUUUCCAUCUGUUGCUUGUUGAUACUGUUUACACGUCAGGCCUGAUGAGGAGCCGGACAGAGAGGAUGAGGAGGCAGAGCCGGGGAGUGGGGUGCGGACUCUGUGGGUGCGAGGGGCCCCUGGGUGGGCCGGAGCCGGCUGGGGGAGGGGGUGUCGCUAACACAUGUCUUGGGAACCGUCCCCAAGUGUGGAAACCCAUGGAUCCUAUGGAUUUGGUUUCUUCCCACAGUUUUCUGUAGGUUUAGUGUGGCCUGGCACCCUGUUCCCCUGUCUCCGGGACAGCGUGGGUGCUGCUGCGGGUCUGCGCGUGGCCCCGGUCUCGGGGUGGGGGGGGGGGGCUGGGACUGGAGUGUGGACCCAGGGCCCUGACAGCUUGAGUUUGCCAUCUGCCUUGGGGCGAGAACGGGGCAGUACCCCCACCUCCCUCUGCCCGGCAGGUGCUCAGCACCAGGGGCCGUUGCACACGCACUGUGGGUGUUUUUAAGUGAAUUGUUUAGUAGGCUUCUUGCAAGAGUCAAAUUUAUAGCAUUUUCAAACUAAACAAUGCUGAGUGCCUAGGCUUCCUGAGUUCGCUCUGGGUUCCAGAGUGUUUUGUACAGGACCAUAGGGAUGGCCCGCGGGCGACUGUGCUGGUGGUUCCUGCUGUGAGCUGUCAGCACCAGCAGGCCCCCCCCCCCCCCAGGGGAGUGUGACGGUGGCUGUGCCCCUGGGGCUUUGGUCCCCGGGGGGGCGGGUGGUGGUAGGGUGCAAACAGGAUAAGUCAGGUGCGGAGGAAGACUUUUGGGGGCUUAGUAUCGACCCCUGUGCUCAGUCCGCUGGUGGGGCCACCGUGACAGCUUGGCCCCUGGGCUCCCUGGGACUCCCCUGGCCCCCUGCUGGCUGACACUGGUGCCUGAGGGCACUUGGGAGGCCCAGACUACCCACGGGCACAGCCACGGCCGCCAUGGGCUGUCAGCAGGUCUGUUUGAGACCCAGGAGGAGGACCAGGCAGGGGUCCCCUGGAGGCCUGGCGCCCUCUCCAUCAGCACCCCACGGCAGGCCCGAGCCUUCAAGUGGCAGGUUCCCGUGCCCCCCCGCCCCCCAACCCUCCAGAUCUUUUGCCUGCUGAAGACCCUUCCUUCUCUAGGGGAAGGCAGGGGGGAGCUCCAGAGACAAGCCACUGCCCCACUUUGUGCUUUGAAGGGAACUGGGUUGUUUGUCCGUCCUUCCAUCUGUCAGGUGCCCCAGAACUACCUGAGCGGGUCUUGGCCCUGAGUCAAGCCACUGGGGUGGUCUUUUUCCGUUUUCUUUCUGUUGCGAACUAGUUUGUUGUUGUCAUGGGUCAGCUGGUGUCUACACUCCUCUCCACUGAGUCCUGAGGCCUUCGGCAGUGUGACCCCGCGGGCGUGGGCACAGCCCAGCUAGUCCUGCCCGUCUGCACCAGCUCAGACCAUACAGGAAACUAUGUGGCUGAUAAGACCACGGUUUGCUCUUGGAGCCUUUGUCAAAGUCGGGCGCACCCGCCCCCUUUGAAGCUGCCACCCCUGCUCUCAGACCACAGGGCACUGGAGGGAAGUUCACACCAGAGCUUCAGAAAUGACCGCAGCCCCUCCCCCUGCCUGGCACCUGUGCCACCCCGGGAGGGUGCGAGCGCCCCUUCCAGUCCCCUGGGGCCAGAACCGCAGGCUGCUUCUGGGGGGCAGGGUCGGUGCCUGGGGCAGGGAAGCAUCCGGGUUCUACUUUGUACGUUGUUUUGCAAGCAUCUGCUUGGUACUUUGAUUUAAAGUAAAAACAUUUUUCGUAA